AUGCAGAGUUUUUGAAACCUGCAGCUACGGAAGCAGAACCUGCAUUUUAACAGGACCCCCACGUGAUUUGUGUGCCCAUGAAGGUUUGAGACUCAUGACUAUGGGACCCUCCAGAUUCUCUCUCCACCUGGGGACUUUGCAUGUGCUGUUCCCUCUGCCUGGCGAACUCCUGCCCACAGAAGCCUCCUCCAGGAAGCCCGCCCUGAUUUCACAGUCAUCAUUAUCUGUAUAAUGCUGGACCAACUCUGCCCUGUUCCCCCCCUGCAUCCCCUCCCCGCCGGGAGCCCACCUGAUUCCCCCUCGGUAUUAUUGGUUUAAUGCCUGUCCACUCUCAUACCCGAGAGCUGUCCCGCGGCACUGCCCCCUCCUCCGGGAAGCCUGCCCUGACUGCCUUCGCCCCUCUCUCCCCGCCCCUCCGCUGCAGCGAGGGCACGCUGGUGUUCAAGCCGGGCGAGACGCUGAAGGAGCUGCGCAUCGGCAUCAUCGACGACGACAUCUUCGAGGAGGACGAGCACUUCUUCGUGCGGCUGCUGAACCUGCGCGUGGGCGACGCGCAGGGCAUGUUCGAGCCCGACGGCGGCGGGCGGCCCAAAGGGCGGCUGGUGGCGCCGCUGCUGGCCACCGUCACCAUCCUCGACGACGACCACGCGGGCAUCUUCUCCUUCCAGGACCGCCUGCUGCACGUGAGCGAGUGCAUGGGCACCGUGGACGUGCGCGUGGUGCGCAGCUCGGGCGCGCGCGGCACCGUGCGCCUCCCCUACCGCACGGUGGACGGCACGGCGCGCGGCGGCGGCGUGCACUACGAGGACGCGUGCGGGGAGCUGGAGUUCGGCGACGACGAGACCAUGAAAACUCUUCAGGUGAAGAUAGUGGAUGACGAGGAAUAUGAGAAAAAGGAUAAUUUCUUCAUCGAGCUGGGCCAGCCGCAGUGGCUUAAGCGAGGGAUCUCAGCUCUGCUGCUCAAUCAAGGGGACGGGGACAGGAAGCUGACCGCGGAGGAGGAGGAGGCUCGGAGGAUAGCAGAGAUGGGCAAGCCGGUUCUUGGGGAAAACUGCCGGCUGGAGGUCAUCAUUGAAGAGUCGUAUGACUUUAAGAACACAGUGGAUAAACUCAUCAAGAAAACGAACUUGGCUUUGGUGAUUGGCACCCAUUCAUGGAGGGAGCAGUUUUUAGAGGCAAUUACGGUGAGCGCAGGGGACGAGGAGGAGGAGGAGGACGGGUCCCGGGAGGAGCGGCUGCCUUCGUGCUUUGACUACGUCAUGCACUUCCUGACGGUGUUCUGGAAGGUGCUGUUCGCCUGCGUGCCCCCCACGGAGUACUGCCACGGCUGGGCCUGCUUCGGCGUCUGCAUCCUGGUCAUCGGCCUGCUCACCGCCCUCAUCGGGGACCUUGCCUCCCACUUUGGCUGCACCGUGGGCCUCAAGGACUCCGUCAACGCUGUGGUCUUCGUGGCCCUGGGCACCUCCAUCCCCGGUAACCCCCUGGGGACCCCUAGCGGGCUAGGGUCUCGGAGAGGCCAGGCAGUGAGGCCUCAGAGAAAGGUCCUGCAGAGAUGAGCCGAUAGGAUCGUCCAGAACGCAUGUGGGGGGUCCCAGAGGAGUAUCCUGGUGGAUAAUAGAGACAGGUGGGGGUCCCCUAGAUUCACUGUGAGUAGAGUCCGCAAAGCAACCAGGGGGAGCGCCCCACCAGGUGGAACUCGGGAGGUGGGAAAUGCUAGAGCCUGAGGAUGGGUUCCAUAGAAGCAGGAUGUUCGUUUCCCCUUCUCUCCCCUGCCCCCGCCAAGGAACCAGAUAGAACUCUGUUGCUGGGCAUGAGAGGAGCCAGUGAGUUUUGAAGCUUUCCCGAAGAUGAGGGAGCGAGUAGAAACCAGAGGUUAAGGCGGGGGUGCCAUACAAAUAAGAUGGUGGCGUUUCAGAGACCAUCGCUUAUGUCCCAUUAAAACGCGGUGGCCACGGUCCCCUCUUCCCAAAUAAACCCAAGCGAGAGUCCCUUCAACACUGGGUGUCAGAGACUGCAGUUCCUGCAGGAGGAGGGAGGCCAGGUGGGUGGGGAGGCCGAAACCUUGGUUCCCACAUCGCUGUGGUCACCAGCCAGGUGUGGCCCUGUCCUUGGGGAAUGUUGGCCUUUCCAAGCCGGCCCUCCAGACCAGAGGCCUGAGCUGUUAGCAAGACGUUCAGGGGUGGGUGGGGCCGCAGAGGCCAGGCCCCUGCUUGACAGAAACCACGUGGGGAAGGGACAGGAAAGGGGUUGCACGGGGUGGAGCCUGGCACUGACCUGACCCGGCCUGGUGGCAACAAGCCGAUUGGGCCCAGGGAAAGCCGGCAGCAGGCUCUGUAGGAUGCAGAGUGGAUCCCACGAAAAUCAGGCAGCGAGUCCCUCGAAGCAGGCUGCGUCCCACAGGAAGCGGGCACCGGGUCCCAUAGAAAGAGACAACGAGUCACAUAGGAAGCAGGCAGAGG